UCCCCCCUCCACCCUUAGCUACAUAACAUCCUGGACUUUUAGACCCACAAUGGCUGCCUUGCACUACUCCAUGUGUUUUCAAUUCUAUUAAUGGUAGGAUACUUAAAACUGCUGAAAUAGUUACUAGGGAGAAAAAACAGUGAUCUGUUAUUACAGGGGCGCAGCCAUCUUGAGCUUCAAUGAUCUGUGAUGUCAUUGGCAUGCUGCUCUGCUGAAGGUGUCUCAGCUCUCAGUGCAUAUACAGCUCCUGCAUGAACCACAGUGCACCUCAUCCCAGGCAGUCUGAUGCAGCCAGACACACACAGGAACUGGACUGUGGUUGCCAUGGCAACGCAAUGAUGUAGUUGAGCAAAGGAUGAUGCACACGGAGGCUGGACGAUGACGGCUGCUGGAAGACGUCAGGUUGUGGCUCUCUGUUAAGGUGGACUGGCUUUCACUGAGACAAAAAGUCAUUUAAAUGUCAACUUCGUCCCAAUGUCAGCUCUUUUUAUCUCGGACAGCAAUGCCGUGAUUAUGAUCACGCUCAGGUGCUUCAUUGUGUCCCUUUUCCUCUUGUUCUACACAGAGGCUCUUCUUAUCCACGCUCAGCCAUCCUUAAGGCGGCUCCUUGGAGGAGGAGAGGGUAUUGGGUGGGGUUGGGGGGGGGGCUGCAGGUCUGACCGAAUGCAAUCCCAACGCAGGGGUGAAGAGAGGCGGCAUCGCAUCCUCACGUCCAGCAUCUACAUCCGCACAGGCUGAGCUAAAUAAAGGGAAAAAGAGAGAGAGAGAGAGAAAGAGAGGGAGAGAAAACAGAAAGAAAAUCCAGACAAAGGAAAGGGAUAGGGUUGUUUUGAAUGUUGUUAUUGAAUCAGUUGUAGCGCUCAGAGGGAAGAACUUGGAGAGAAAAAGAGAGAAAAAAACAAGAGAGUGUGUGUGUAUGUGAGAGAGAGAGAGAAAGAGGGAGGAGGGACAGAGGAUAGUAGAUUUUAAUCCUCUUGGCAUGUGAGAGAGUCCCUGGCUUCUUGGCACUGUGUGCAGUUGUUACGGGUGUGCAGAGCUCGUUGUUGGUCUUGGUGGCAUCUGGAAAUCUUGGACUGGAAUGUGUCACAGCUAACCCAGGGGGGCCAAGACGGAACACUGCUCACUAUGCUGGGGAAGGAUUAUAUGCUCGCGAUCAUCAUAGUCAAUUAUGAUGAUAAUAUCUGGGCAGACCAGAAUUUGGAGUUGGACUCCAACCUACCUCCAGGAUGGCGCACCAUACGGGACAGUACGGGCACCUACUACUGGCACGUGCCCACUGGCACCACGCAGUGGCAACAUCCGUCAUACAGCGCCGAGGAUGAACAGAACACCAUCAACGGUAUCACUGCCAGCAAUCUCAAGAGUAUCGGUGCUGUCGAACAAAAUGAGUCUUCAUCCAGGCAGAACCCUGGAGGCCCCAGCAAUGACAGGGAGUCCUGGCAGGAGGAAUACUUCUAUGCCAACAUGGAUCCUGACUCUAAGUGCUUUGCCGUCCGCUCGCUGGGCUGGGUGGAGAUCCCGGAGGAAGAGCUGACCCCGGGCAAGAGCAGUCUGGCCGUGAACAACUGCAUCCAGCAGCUUUCCCACAGCAAGGUGGAGGGCCGCGACGCGGUCGGGGCCUGGGGGGAGGGCCAGGAUAUGAUGAUGGUUCUGAAGAAAGACACCCUGAGCCUGAUGGACCCAGUGGACCACAGUCUGAUCCACUGUCAGCCCAUCAUCAACAUCCGUGUGUGGGGAGUGGGAUGCAACAACGGCAGGGACUUUGCCUUCGUAGCAAAUGAUAAGGACACCUGCAUGCUGAAGUGCCAUGUGUUCCGCUGCAAUGCUCCAGCCAAGACCAUUGCCACCGCGCUGCACGAAAUGUGCUCAAAGAUCAUGUCAGAGAAAGCAGCCAUGCACCCAUCCAUGGCAAGGUCUCUAACAAUGGAGAGCAUCUCUCCAGAGGACCUGCCCAGACAAGUGGACUUCCUGGAUGCGGUGAGGCAAAGGGUGCAGAAGUUCGAAGUGGAGUACAUUGGCAACCUGCCCGUGUCCAGGGCAAUGGGUAUGGAGGUUUUAAACCGGGCCAUAGAGAGCAUCCUGCACUCCAGAGACCGAGACGAGUGGGAGCCCAUUGUGAUCCAUGUGUCAGACACCAUGAUGUCCUUGUGGAAGGGAGAGGAUGGAGACGAGCCUUUCUGGGAGUCUCAGGUGAGGUACCUCACCUUCCUGGGCGUGGGUCACGACAUGCACACCUUCGCCAUAAUCGUGGACGCCGGGACGCAGCGCUUUGAGUGCCAUGUGUUCUGGUGUGAACCCGACGCCGGCUACAUCUCCGAGGCGGUGCAGGCAGCCUGCAUGGUGCAAUACCAAAAGUGCUUGGUGGCUCAGACUCCUCCUCCAAGGUCGAAGAUGUGGCGCGCGGGCUCCAAGGUCAAACGCGCCAACUCAAUGGACGGCUCCACCUUCCCACCGCGCUGCCAAGGACACUCGCCUCCAAAGAUGGCCUCCUCUGGUGUCAAAAAGGGAAUGCUGGCCUUCUUUGAGACGUUUCGAAACAAACAGCCGGUGAUGCCCACACCAUAGCACCUGGGGUG